CCCAGCGAUCCGACGCCCUGCCGUGUCGCCCGAGCUCCGAGCCUUCACAGAGAAACACCGGGAGAGGAGAUUUCAGCUCAGCAGGGAUUCCAGGAGCUUCCGCCAGGUACCCAGGACGCCGUCUCCACAGCUCCAGGCGCACCCGAUGGGCUCAAACCACAGCAGCGGCAAACACCACUGUAACCAGUACCUGAACGGGCAGGGUCCGCCGUCUCUGCUCCAGCAAGCUACUGAGCAGGUGAGCGGAAAGUACAGCCUGAACGACUGUCAGCCUCCGGGCCAGAUGACCUGGGUGAUCCUGCACAAGGACCUGCCGGGGUUCCCCAGGGACGACACCGUCCAGAUCAGCUUCGUGUUCCCAGACGGGAUGCAGACUGACAAGCACCCCCACCCCGGCCAGCCCUUCUCCGGGCGGAGGCUCUCCGCUUACCUGCCAGACAAUCCCGAGGGCCGGAAGGUCCUGAAGCUGCUGGACAAGGCCUUCAGCCGGCAGCUGCUCUUCACCGUCGCCACCGGCGAGGACGGACAAGACGCCGUCACCACCAAGACCAUCCCUCUGAAGACAGAGGCCGAGAGGGGGAGCGCCGGCGACAGUUAUCCAGACUCGGACUACCUGAAGACUGUCAGGAGGCUGCUGAGGGAUGCAGGUGUUCAAUAACAUGAAACACACUGCUGGAUGAACACAGGAAGACUCACACGUCAAGCUGUUGAUGAAUAAGUGUUACUGUUCACUCUUUUCCAGGGUUCUGUACAUUGUAUUUAAUAUAAGAUUAUUUGCUCUUUGAGUUUUCAUGAAAUGUCUGAUGUUCUGUGUGGAAGUGAACGUUCUGUAGAACUGUUUGUUGAUGCUUUGGCCAUUAAAUCCAUCACUGAUGAUCGUUUGUGAACCCUGCAGUUCAUAUAUCAUGUUUGUAAAUGAAGUGACGGGAUGCAGCGUUGGAGACAUCCUCAUUUCCCUUUACCUCCAAAAACAUCAUCAAACCACCAAACCCUGCUGGAGUGUGAGAACCACGCCGGGUUCCUGUCUGGAAGCUAAACACCAACGGGUUAAAUUCUCCCUCACUUCUGUUCAGGUCCUGCUUACAUGGCAGGAACGUCAACAGAAACCACAAAACUUUGUCUGUUUGCACGACAACAACAAUCGGCGUCACUGAAAACACAUUUUUUUGAAGAUUGUUCCAAGUGGAACAGGAAAAAAAACCAAAAAACUUUCAUUGUGUUAAAGGGGGGGAAAUGAAACUUCUGGAAACCCUGGGACUCUGGUCCUGGUCCUGGUCCGAUUCUUUCUCCUGAUACUGAUCCUGAUCCUGCUCAUCCGGCUAGUCCUGGUCCUCCUCCUGGUCCUGGUCCUGGUCUUGGUACUGUUCCUGCACUCCCCACUCCAUCUGGACGGUUGUUGUUCACAGGCUCAGUGGUUUCAGUGUACCGGUCCUCUGAAAGCUGAAGCCCACAUCCCACGUUCGUCAUUUCCACCAAUAAGACAAUAUGUACAGGAAGCGAACUCUGGGGGGGCCAGGGGGGUCUCAGCCCCCUUCAUGAGACAUAAGCUGUCCUGAAAACAUGAUUUGUGAAAUUUUAGGGGGCCCUAAAUACUGGCAAAAUGCUGUUUCCCCCGUGUAUUUCCUUUAUUAUUAUUACUUUUGUAUGAUCAUAACCAUGGAUCAUGUGCAGAAUGAGGCCAAUUUUAAUGUAUGAUUUACGCAUCACUAUAUCACUGUAAUAAAGAUGCCGGCCUGCAUGCA